AAAACUCUAAUUUGAUAAAAAAAAAAAAAAAAAAAGGCAGUUGGAAGGUAUAGAACAAUCGUGUCUGUGUUGUGCCGCGCGAAAUGAACUAAGGUAGGAUUCAGUAAGCGGUGAAUAGGUUGAGGUUGUUUCAUUUCAGAAUGAACCACAACAAACGAGGCGUGCUUACUCGUUUGAAGACUCUCGUCAACUCUCACUCUCAGGGCUUCCACUCCCCUGCGCCCAAACGACCAAAGCAAGAUCCAUCGUCAACAGAAAAUGACUUAGAUUACUCUGUUUGCCGAGGCCGCAUUGACGUCUCAAAAUGGAAGACUUUGGAUGCAGAGGAGCUUGGUAUAACUAGUUCUAUGAUUUCAUACCCAUCUCAGUUUGUCCUGAAACUUCUUCGGAGAAAAGGAUUUGAGUCCUACUUAGUAGGUGGGUGUGUGAGAGAUCUACUACUGAAUAGAACUCCAAAAGAUUUUGAUGUUAUCACCACAGCAAAGCUGAUGGAGGUGAGAGCGCAGUUUCGUGGUUUAGCUCGUGCCGAAGUUGUUGGACGUCGUUUUCCAAUAUGCUUGGUUCAUAUAAAAGGUUCUGUAGUUGAGGUAACCAGUUUUGAGACAGUGGCACGAACUUCCAAUAGGAAGGAACAAUUUUUAUACUCUCUGUUGCCCAAAUGCAGUAAUAAAAAGGACCUUUUUCGCUGCAAAAACUCCUUGCGCAGGGACUUCACAAUUAAUAGUUUAUUUUAUGACCCGUUUGCCAAUAAAAUCUACGAUUAUACCGAUGGAAUGGCUGAUUUGAGGUCCUUAAAGCUAGAAACUGUUAUCCCUGCUCAGAUGUCCUUUAAAGAGGAUCCUGGGAGAAUUUUACGUGGCUUCAGAAUUGCAGCUCGUCUUGGUUUAUCAUUAUCAAGGGAGACUGAGGCUGCAAUGUGGAAAUAUUCUUCACUUGUUAAGAGCUUGGACAAGAAUAAAAUUAUGAUUGAAUUGAACUACAUGCUGUCUUAUGGCGCUGCUGAACCAUCUUUGCAUCUACUUUGGAAAUUCAAAUUACUUGAAUUUUUACUUCCUGUGCAUGCAGCAUAUCUUGAUGAACAAGCUAUUAAAGAAGAUGCUCCGGCUUCCAAUAUGUUGAUGAAAUUAUUCUUCUAUCUCGAUAAUUUGGUUGCAUGCGAUCGACCUUGUGAUUGCACUCUAUGGGUUGGAUUGCUAGCAUUUCACCUGACAUUAGUAAAUAAUCCUCAAGAUGCUCUAGUAGUGUGGGCAUUUGCUUCUGUUCUAUAUCAUGGGGAGUGGGAAAAAGGUAUUAAAUUUGCCAAAGAACAUGCAAAAAUGUAUGUUAAUUUUGCACCUGAAAUAAGGACGUCCAGUAUAUACAAAUCAGAUGAAGAAAUUGCAAAAGCAGUCACUAAAUUGGCAUCUUUGGUGAUGCACUCCAUACCUGCUCUGGUUGAGAGCAACAGUCUUCUUCAAUCCAUGUCUAGAUACCCAUCUUUUCCACAAUCUGACAUGAUAUUUGUACCCAAGAAAGCAGGGAAACUUGCUUCUGCGAUUUUCAAAAUGCUGGCCAGUGAUGUUGAAUUUUACAAGACUGAAAGAAGAAAAAAUUCAAAGAUAAAUUAUGGCAUGCUUGGGAAGGGACACCUUUCAGAGAUUGCAUUUGUUUUGGGCAAAAUUGUUCUUGAAACUAUGAGUAGUGGAACUGUUGGGGAUGGGGAGGAUUCUGAAGCUGGACAAUGCCACCUUAAGACUGAGGGAACCAAAGAAAUUGCUCAAUCGCAACUUCCAGAUCUAGUAAACCAUGAAGUGGCGGCAAUGAAUGGUGAAGGACACCUUUUAUCAAUACCAAAUUCAGAAUGUAGGCAAGGAAAAAGCAAGAAACGGAAAUUGGUUAAGAAUAGAUGCAUUGCAAAGAAGAAAAUGAGCUCCGGGAACCAAGAAUUAUCUGAGAAAUUUGAAUACAAGGAAAAUAAAGAGGAGCAACAGAAGCUAGUUAAGUUAAGCCAGAAGGUUGAUAUGUCUACAGAGGAUUCUUUGCCCAAAAAGAAAAAUGAUCACAGAAAACAGUUGAUAAGUGAUAGGAAGAAAAUCACCAGUGCCAAUAAAAGUUUUCUACACCAAGCUAAGCAUAUGAAGACGGAUGAAGACAGCACAUGCAUGCCAUCACAAUCUACGGUAUCCGAGAAUCAUCAGGUGAUAGCUAACAGCAACAUAGACGUGAAUGCAAAAACAACAAAUGAGUCGAACUUAAAGAAGAAGAAAAAGGGUUUAUCACUAGUUGAAAUGUUUAAAGGGAAAUAAAGACAGAAACCACGUGAAAAACUAGCAAAGUAAGUCUCCACUCCCCGUCUCUGAGUGACGGAUAACAAUUUUUGGUAGCAGCAGAUGUUUUAUUUCCUAGCAUAGUUCAGAGACAAAAAAAAAAAAAAAAGGAAGCACUAGAAACAGAGUUUAGCUUCCUACUUCUCUUUUCCCCUUAAAACUGCAUUCAGUUCCUCUAGAUUGAUCUUAUGCUUAUAUUUUUUAAGGCUCUCUUGGGUCUAUAUCAUUAUUGUCUCCAUUGGGAGAUUUCCUUUCCCUCCACCGUUUAUUGUGACAAAAUCCGAGGGAAGCUUUUAUUGGAUAUGUGUAUGAUUGUAUGAAAUAUAACGCAAUAGGAUGGGAGUCGAACAAAACAAUACUAUAUGGUUGGUUACAUGA